AAAUCGAUAAACUCAUGAGGACUAUACUAGCUCCGGAUCCAGAGAAGGGCUGGUCCGUUGUCCGGGGUGACCACCCCCUAGAUCCGCCGCUAAUGAGGAGAAAGGCUUUGAAUUUGGCAUUAUCUGUUGGCAUUUGUGGAAACACAGAAACGAAGAGGCAAUGGAGGGUCGAGCUUGCUCUGAAGCCGGCAUCAUCCGGCGGAUUCGUUCAUGGCUUAAGAUUUAUGAGCAAGCUAUGGUUAAUGAAUAGUCCAUCUCGGCCAGCACUUUGAGGCAUAGAGAAAACAAGCAGAUCUCGUGGCGUCCACUGGAAGAAGGCUGGAUCCAAAUUCAGACGGAUGGAUCACUCAUCUCUCCCACAAGCAAAGCUGCUGCUGGUGGCCUCUUGCGUGAUCAUCUUGGACAUUGUAAAGGUGCCUUUGUUUGUAACCUUGGUGCCUGUUCGAUUACUAACGCUGAGCUCAAGGGUGCAGCUGAAGGGUUGAAUUUGGCUUGGUCAAUGAGAUUCAAAAAAAAAGUUUCAUCUAAACCUUGAUUCCAUGACAGCCAUCAGCAUCAUCAACUCUGGAGAAGAUGAUCACAGACACAGCCUCCUCGCCAACCAUAUUAGAGAGUUAAUUGAUAGAGAAUGGGAAGUUAAAGUUUCUCAUGUGUAUAGGGAGAGUAAUUUUGCUGCUGACUAUCUUGCUUGUAUAGGGCAUGAUUUUCCUUUUGGCACAGAUCCUAUCGAUGUAAGCAACCCGAAACUGUGUUCGUGGCUCUCCUACGAUGUUAUGGGCAUCACCCAUGAUCGUUUUGUUUCUACGAAUUAGGAUGCUUGACAUCCGUCUUUCAACCAAAAAAACAAAUAGUGGUUGAUGGUUGAAUAGUUAGUUGGUUAAUGUUGAUAGAAUUAUUCACAUGCUAUAAUAUAUAAAAAAAUUUAUUUUAAUUUUAACAUUGAAUUUAUCACUAAUUAUUAAAAAACAAAUUAAUAUUGUAUGUGUGAGAACAUGCAAGCCACGAUUCUAUGCAAAGCGAGUGGGAUUUGUAUUGGUAGAAGAGCUGGUCAUUGUAAGUUAGGAAAACAGCGAGUGGGACAGCUAAGGUGUGUAUCAUGUGCAUGUACAAAAAGAAAUAGUUGAAUCUAUAUUGAGAAUUAGUUGUUGUGUCAGAAUGGCUUGACGUUAGUGCUGCGAUCGGAUCCCGUGUAUGUACAAAGACUUGGGUUUUGGAUCUGAAAACCAUCUGAUCCCAUUCUCUUGCAUCCUCUUCCUUCAUUCCUUUGCCUUUGGAGGGACGCCCCUUUUCCCCACUCUUCCAAACAUGGUAUUCAUUCUUGCUGAGUCAAUCCUCAAGAAAUUGGGUCCUCUAGCUGCUGAGCAAGCAGGUCUCCUCUGGAGCAUCGAGAGUGAGGUUGAGAAACUGGAGAGUACGGUUUCAUCCAUUCGAGCGGUGUUGCUGGAUGCGGAGGAACAAUCGGGUCUGAACCAUCAGGUUCGGCGCUGGCUCGACGAGCUGAAGCGGGUCCUUUAUGAUGCUGAUGACCUGCUGGAUGAUUUCUCCACGGAGGCUCUGUUGAAGCAGCAAAGGGAUCAUGGGAGUCGCUGUCUGGACGAGGUAUGCCUCUUCUUUACGCGUUCCAACCAAUUGGUUACUGGUCUUACGAUGGCUCAUCGGUUGAAGGCCAUUAGGACCAAGCUAGAUGAGAUUGAUGAGAAUCGAAAGAGGUUUAAACUUCAUGCGCACCUCCCGGAGCCGGCUGCUGCUGCUGUGAAUGUGAUCAAGCGGGAGAGGCAGACCGAUUCUUUCGCUCCUAUUGUGUUUGUCGGGAGAGAGGAAGAUAGAAAGAAAAUAGCUGGUAUGCUAUCAUCGACCAACGAUGAGCAGAAAAUAGAGGUUAUUCCUAUUCUUGGAAUUGGGGGUCUCGGCAAAACUGCUUUGACCCAAAGUAUCUACAACGAUGAGAAUGCGACUACUUGUUUUUCAUUGAAAAUUUGGAUAUGUGUUUCGGAUAAUUUCGAUCAAACAUUGUUGGUCAAGAAGAUGUUGGAGUCUAUAACCAAACAUAAAGCAGAAGAUCUUGACUUGGAUAUCAUGAAGAGCAAACUUAAGAAGGAAAUGGAUGGUCAGAGGUUCUUGUUAGUGUUGGAUGAUGUUUGGGAUCAUGGCGAUUAUAAGGGCAAUUGGGAUAGCUUGAUGAGUUUUUUGUGGAGUGUUGGGGAAGUUGGUAGCAAAAUUAUGGUAACUACUCGACUUGGAGAUGUCGCGAAUUACAUGGCAACAAAGGGGAUUAAACUACACAACCUAAUAGGUUUAUCUGAGCAAGAAUCAUGGUCUUUGUUUGAACAAAUAGCAUUUUCAGGUGAAGUAAAAGGUGGUGAAAGAUCUGUAAGCAUAGGGAAAGAGAUCAUGAGAAGGUGCGUGGGAGUUCCUUUGGCCAUAAGGGUGAUUGCGGGUUCCCUAGUGUCCAAGAGCAACACAGUUGAAUGGGAGGCUGUAAGAGAUAGGCAAGCACUGUUAGAUGGGGGUGAUGACGCAAAAAGGAUUUCAGCUACUCUUAGAUUGAGUUAUGACAACCUACCUUCUGAACUGAGACCGUGUUUUGUUUAUUGCAGCUUGUUUCCGAAAGAUUGUGAGAUUGAUGUGAAAAUGUUGGUGCAACUUUGGAUGGGGCAAGGGUUUAUCAAUACUAGUACAUCGUCAUCUGCUUCAUUUGAUGUUGGAGUUCAAUGUUUCAACCGUUUGCUAUCUAGGUUUUUUUUUCAAGAGCCGGAAAUUGAUGAAUUUGGGAGUGUAACAGCGUGUAAGAUGCAUGAUUUGAUGCAUGAUCUCGCCCUAGAAGUUGCAGGGGAGGAGAUGGUGGGUAUAGAAGCCUCAAAUUCAAUGGAAGGCAGUGUCAACUUUGAUAGGAUUCGACACAUAUAUUUAGAUUUUGAGGAAUAUAAAGCUACAAAUGCGUUGGCUAAAGCAACAAAACUGCGAACCCUUAUUUGUACAAAUGUGGAUUCUUUUUAUUUGGAGGGCAAAAGAGACUGUGGGAUGAUCUUCUCUAACAAUACUAGUCUAAGAGUUUUAAUUCUCGACAAUCCUGUAUUGAAGAGUGUGUCCCGCUCCAUUCAUAAAUUGACACAUCUCAGGUUCCUAGAUCUAUCUGGUAAUUCUAUGGAGGUGCUCCCUGGUGAGAUUAAGGUACUAGUAAAUCUACAAGUGCUCAUACUAGACUAUUGUCCGUAUCUCAAGCAAUUGCCACGAGAUAUUGUGAAAUUGACUAAUCUCGAGUUUCUUAGCCUCGUCGACUGUGGGAGUUUGGAACACUUGCCGCUUGGGAUCGGGCGGCUCACUCGCCUGAGAGAGCUGUCCAUAUUCUUAGUGUCGGCUGCAUCACACUGUUCACAUGGAGCAGUCGCUGCUAGAAUUAGCGAGUUGGAGCAUCUCGACAAUCUAAGCUGGAAAUUGAGGAUCGAACAUCUGGAAUUGGUGAAAGACGAGGCCGAAGCGAAGGUGGCAAGUUUGUUUAGGAAGCAACAUCUUCAAGCUUUGGAAUUGGAGUGGGGCGUUGCUGGUGGGGAUGUGAGGGUACUGGAAGCAUUGGAGCCGCACAGGAAUUUGAAGCGACUAACGUUGGAUGGUUACGGCGGGAGCAGUCUACCUAGCUGGUUCUCUAAUUCUCUACGGAAUCUGGUCUCUGUCCAUCUAUUUCGUUGCGGGGAACUGCAAUGCCUGUCGUUGCCAGGUCCGCUGGUGUCUCUUGAAGAAUUGAGACUGGAGUUUUUAGGCCGGUUGAAGUACAUAGAGAGUGACGGUGAGCAGUUUCUUCCCCGCUUGAAGUCUCUCCGGUUUGUCAGCUGCCCCAACCUGGUAAGCUGGAGAUCAACUACAGAGAUGGAAAUGCCGCAGUUCUCCAAUCUUUUCCAUCUAAUACUUCGUAAAUGCCCGAAACUGGUAUGGGUUCCUGAUUUUUCUGUGGAUAUUGAAACGGUUCUGCUAGAUAAUGUUGACUGCAAACUGUUGGACGAGUUUGUUGCGUCGCUUCCACCACCCAGCUCCUCUUCGCGGUUCAAGAAUCUGAAAAUCGCAGGGAUAAGGGGCCUUGGAAGUUUGCCGCAAGGUUUACUGCCAAAGCUUGCAUCCCUUGAAGCUUUGAGGAUAGAGGAUUGUCCGAACCUAACGAAUCUGUCUCCGCCGGCUACUUGUCAACAGCAACAUCUCACUUCCCUCCAGUUCUCUGCCUUUCCAAACCUCAAUCGCUUUGCUAUGGUGGAACUCCCAGGGAUGAAGUGUCUACCAGAGUGGCUUCAGCAUUCUUCUAAGUUGCGGUGGCUGUCGAUAUUCGGGUGUGGCGGUCUCGAGUGCUUGCCAGAGUGGCUACCCAAGCUCACAGCGCUAAGUAAUCUGGAGGUACGAGACUGUCGUUUUCUAUCAGCCAGAUUGAAGAGUAAAAUGGCUGAGGACUGGCCCAAAGUUGCUCACAUUGGGAAUAUUAAAAUCAAUAAAACCAGAGUUCAAGAGGACAGUAACUACUUGAGUGUAGAAGAAGAAGAGGAAGAGGAAGAGGAAGAGGAAGAAGAAGGAAUACCCCCGGCCAUUCAGUCCCCAAGCAGGAUGUGGUCAAAUUGCAUUGCGAGACUGACUUGUAACCUAUUUCAGAGAUGCUUUCUCGGCUAGCUACCAAGCGUUCUCUCGUCUAUGACACGUAUUUUGAUGCAUACCAACGAGCCUUAUCGCAACAUUUCCAUGAAUAUCCGACAAAUUAAUGAUUACUAUCAAAAUCUGCAGAGCCAUUUUGUGAGUGGCGUACAAGCUUAUUCUAUAUAUUUCUUGGCAACAGUUGCAUCGCUUGUUUUCAACCAUCUUGAACUUCCAUCUGAAGCGUACUAGUUUUGUUCUUCUUUAUUCCUUUCUUGUAAUUAAGCAUUGUUGUAUUUUGGAGUCAAUGCAUUUGUUUUUGCACCGGACAAAUAAUAUCUGUACUCUGUCAAUUAUUUAUCUGCCAUUUCCAAGACUGAACUUUCACAUCAGGCAUUUGGAUGGUAUCCGCUGAGUUCAACAAAAUUCUCUUGCAAUUUGCUUCUCAUUUUGCCCUCAAAUGAAAGCUUGUCGAUGAGGCUGUGCUGUGAAUGCUGAUCAAUUGGGCGAGAAGUAUGGUGGAAAGAUGAAUAAAAGAUCAAAGAUAGGCUGAUAAUCAGUUAUCUGGAAUCUAUGAUGCAACUCCUUUCUUAUGCAUACCCCAAAUUCUUCAUUGCCCCUUCGGCUCCAAGUUUUGAUGAGCCUCCUGUAAAUUACGACCAGUUAUGGCCAAACUAGAGGUGGCAAAUGGAUUGGAUCCAUGGAUUCAAUGGAUUGAUGGAUUCAUGGAUUGGAUCAAAUGGAUUGGUGGAUCAUCCAUGAAUCCAAAUGACAUCCUCAACCUUGGACCAAUAUGUAAAAUGUGAAAAGUUUAUGUACUAAAAUGUCAAUGAAAAU